AUGGGUGAUCACGGCAAUCAGGAUGACCUCACUGCUGCAUUGGCAAUCAUUCAACAACAAAUGCAGACUCAGCAACAACAGAUGUUGCAGAUGCAGCAGACCAUCCAAGAUCAGCAACAAGCUGCUCAAGAAGCAGUUGAGAACGCCGCGCGAGAAGAGCGUGGUGCUCCUAUUGGGGGGCGGAACCUUCCGCGGAACUUCGCUACUAACCGCUCCCCCAUCAACCCUCCUCCUUGCACUCGGCAAGACUAUGAGAUCAAACCUGCACUGAUAAGUCUGGUACAGAAGAGCACGUUCAGCGGUCUCACUACUGACAUCCCGAUGGACCACAUCGAAGCCUUUGAGAGAAUCUGCAAUUUCUCUCGCUCUAACGGAGUGCCACCAGACUAUGUCAAGUGCACGCUGUUCCCAUUCUCUCUUGAAGGGAAAGCUUCUCACUGGCUCCAAUCUCUGCCAACCGGCUCUCUUACCUCAUGGGACCAGGUCCGAUCAGCGUUCCUGAGCCACUUCCACACGAAGUCUAAAACUGCGGCUCUACGGCACAAGAUCUCCAAUUUCAAGCAGAAGUCUGAUGAACCUUUUCAUGAAGCUUGGGAGAGGUACAAGGAGUACCAGAGAGAGUGCCCGCACCAUGGGUUUGACGAUGACUAUAUAUUGGAAGUGUUCUAUGAUGGAGUGAGCUAUGAGUUUCGAAAUACCCUUGAUUCUUCGAGUAAUGGAGAUUUCAUGACUCAAACCACACCUGGUGCGUUCGAGCUGAUUGAGACCAUGGCUUCAAGUUCACUAAACAAGAACAAGGAGCAUGACCGCUCGAAGAGUGUGAACAGCAUAGAUGAUCUCGCUGCAAAGGUGGACCAACUGCUUAAGGGAAACCAAAGCCAAGUGUUCAUAAUGGAAGAAGCAACUCCUGAAAAGAGUGCUGGUGAUCUGGCGUUUGAUACUGAAAUAUCAGGAGACCAUCAGCAAGAGGUGAGCUACGUGAAUGGGCAAGAAUGGCAGCUCAACGUGAGGAACAACCCACAGCUUUUCUGGCCUAAGCAAGACAAACUACCUGAUCCUGCACAGAGUAACCAAGAACAAUCCACCUCGGAUGCAGAAACACCAGAACACUCAGCCAGUACCUCCGCUCCUGUCGCUGUUCCACAAGAUGAGACAAAAGCUAUGUUGCAGCUGCUGCUCCAAGGACAACAGCUCCAAGGGAAGGCUCUAAACCAGGUUACUACCGAGAUCAAUACUAGAAUGAACCAUAUGUUAAGCAAUUUGAGCACCAAGUACGACAAUGUCGCGAGCCAUAUGAGACAGAUGGACAUUCAGAUUGCUCAGACUGCUGAGAGCAUCAAGAGGCAACAAGGUACUCUCCCUGGAAAAACCGACAAAAACCCUAAGGAGUGCAAUGCGGGGAAGCAGAAAGAGUCGGAACUACCACCAGCCAAUACCCCGGCAGCUGAGAAGGAGAGGGAACCAACAGUAGGAACCAAUUCGCCAGGACAAGAACAACCAGCUAAGGCUAUCCGCCCGAUCCCAGAGCAUGUUCCUGCUUGCGAAUACACUCCUAAAGUCCCUUACCCUGUUCCAUCAAAGGCUACUCGUAAGGACCGAGAGGAGAUGAAGUGCAAAAAGAUGCUGGAGGACCUAACCGUCCAACUCCCCUUGAUGGAUGCGAUCCAAAUGAUGCCCUCCAGGCGCAGCUUUAUGAAGGGAUUAAUCUCAGGAAAAAUAUCAGAGGAGAGCGAAUUCAUGACUGUCUCUAAUGAGUGCAGUGCAGUGCUUCAGAACAGGCAGAUAAAGAAGCAAGGAGACCCUGGCAAGUUCGUCCUCUCUAUCCAGAUUGGGAAGACAGUUUUCUCAUGCUCCCUAGUUGAUCUGGGAUCCAGCGUAAACCUCAUGCCCUACUCGGUAGCACGACGUCUGGGAUACACGCAUUUCAAACCAACUAGGAUGUCCUUGGUGUUUGCGGAUAGAUCAGUUAAGUCCCUGGUUGGUAUUCUAGAGGAUCUCCAAGUAAAAGUUGGGAACACCUCUGUUCCAGCAGACUUCGUAGUUCUAGAGCUGGAAGAGGAAUCCAAAGGUCCGCUCAUUUUAGGAAGACCAUUCCUAUGUACUGUUGGAGCCAUCAUUGAUGUGCGGCAAGGGAAGAUUGAUCUCAAUCUGGGAGACAUAGUCAUGCAGUUCGAGAUGGAUGAGCUGCUGAAGAAGCCGAUGCUGGAUGGACAGACCUUCGAGGUGGAUGAAGGGAUUGAUCUGCUGCAACCUCGCGAUGGGAUGAUCGAGGAGAUUCUUACAGAAGAUCCACUUGAGCUUGCACUAGUAAGAGCUGAGGCCGAACAGAGUGUUGAGAACAUUGACGCAGAUGGGUAUGCUAAGAUGCUUGACUCCGCAAGGAGUAUGGGAAGAACGGUGGCGAGUCUAAGUCUGGGGGAAGAAAGCAACAAGGACGAGAACACUCCAACUGGAGCGACCCCUUUACCGAACUCGCCGAACCUACCUGAUGAUCCCUGGAGCGAGUUGAAGGCUCCCAAGGUUGAGCUAAAACCCCUUCCCAAGGGGCUCAGGUACGCUUUCUUAGGUCCAAAUUCCACUUAUCCUGUCAUUGUGAACGUUGAACUCAAAAAUGUGGAAACUGCACUGCUUUUGUGUGAGCUUAGGAAGUAUCGUAAGGCAUUAGGAUAUUCACUAGCUGACAUACCUGGCAUCUCACCUGAUUUUUGCAUGCACAGAAUACACCUAGAAGAUGAAUCAAUGACUUCUGUUGAACAUCAGAGGAGGUUAAACCCGAAUCUAAAAGAUGUUGUUAAGAAAGAGAUAAUGAAACUUCUUGAAGCGGGUGUGAUCUAUGCCAUAUCUGAUAGUAAGUGGGUUAGCCCUGUUCAUCUAGUACCUAAAAAAGGUGGGAUCACUGUUAUCACAAAUGAAAAGAAUGAAUUGAUCCCUACUAGAACAGUGUCAGGACAUCGCAUGUGCAUUGAUUUCAGAAAAUUAAAUGCAGUCACUAAAAAGGAUCACUUUCCACUUCCCUUCAUUGAUCAAAUGCUUGAGAGAUUGGCUAACCACCCAUAUUACUGCUUUUUAGAUGGUUAUUCGGGUUUCUUUCAGAUCCUUAUCCAUCCGGACGAUCAGGAGAAGACGACGUUCACAUGCCCAUACGGAACAUACGCAUACAGGAGAAUGCCAUUCGGCCUGUGCAAUGCGCCAGCAACAUUUCAGCGCUGCAUGAUGUCGAUCUUUACUAACCUGAUUGAAGACAUUAUGGAGGUUUUUGUGGACGAUUUCAGUGUCUAUGGAAGCUCCUUUAGUGUCUGUUUGUCAAACUUGUGCAGGGUACUCAAAAGGUGUGAGGAGAAACAUCUGGUGCUAAAUUGGGAGAAGUGCUACUUCAUGGUCAGAGAUGGGAUUGUUCUAGGGCAUAAGAUCUCCGAGAAAGGCAUUGAGGUAGAUAAGGCAAAGGUCGAGGUGAUGAUGAGUUUGCAGCCACCAACAACUGUGAAAGCUAUCAGAAGUUUCUUAGGUCACGCAGGGUUUUACAAGAGGUUCAUCCAGGACUUCUCAAAAAUAGCGAGACCACUCACCAGACUGCUUUGCAAGGAGAUCAAGUUUGAUUUCGACUGCGAGUGCUUAGCUGCGUUCCAUACGAUCAAAGGAGCUCUAGUCAGCACACCUGUUGUACAACCGCCAGACUGGGAUCUCCCUUUUGAGAUCAUGACUGAUGCUAGUGAUUUUGCAGUUGGAGCAGUCCUUGGGCAGCGCAAGGACAAGAAACUUCAUGUGAUCUAUUACGCAAACAAAACCAUGGAUGAAGCUCAAUGCAGAUACGCUACGAAUGAGAAGGAACUCCUGGCUAUUGUUUUUGCAUUCGAGAAGUUCAGAUCCUACCUGGUGGGAUCAAAGGUGAUUGUGCACACAGACCAUGAUGCUCUUAAGUACUUUCUCACAAAGAAGGAUGCAAAACCGAGGUUGUUGAGGUGGAUUCUUCUUCUCCAAGAAUUUGAUCUUGAGAUAAAAGACUAAAAGG